UUUACUUUCAUCGAAGCAAAGUUGACGAAAUUCUUGGAUUCGAAAUGAAGAUUCCGAUUCGACACAGUUUCAUCGGACUCAUACUAAUGAUGGAAGCUUGUUUAUUGAUUAAAGGAGAGGAAUGCUGGAUUCCUAUGAUUUGCGACGAUCAACCUACUUGGAGAGAACUUACGGAAGGACAGUGCACAAAAGAAGAAGAGAAAGCUUUGGAAGCUUUAACGGAACGAUUAGACGGAAUGAAAAGUGAGCUCAAUCAAUUAGAAAAGGUGUUGGAGGAAGCAGAGACGAACUCAGUACAGCCCUCUGUUGUAGGAGUCAAAGAAACGACCACUCCUCAGGGUAACAAAGUCAAGAAAACGACGCGCUCUUCAACCGUCCCUGCUACAUCCCCGUGGUCAACUAAGGAAGCCUUUCUGUCUACUGUGCUCCCACAAACUACAAAAGUCGAACAGAGUACAGUUACAGUACGUACCUGCCCAGCACCUGAAGCUCUAGACAACGGGAUUGUGGACCUUACGACCGCACCUGACUUAGAGUUUGGUCAAACAAUCGAAUAUUCAUGCAAUGCUGGAUACGUUCUUCAAGGAUCAAUCAUGGGAAAAUGCGGAGAAAAUGGAACCUGGGGGGAAGUGCCCACCUGCGUAGUCGAUCUUACUUGUGAUUUUGAGUCUUCAACCAACCCUACAUGCGGCUACAUGAGAGUUAAUGGAACAUUUGAAAGGACUAAGGACAUUACAGGUUAUGUUCUUGCUGGUAAUGGUUCAAUCACAUCCUUACCCAAGGCUUUGGCUGGCAAUGAGGAACUAUGCAUGAGUGUCGACAUAAAAGGGACAUCUGACGGGGAACUGGUGGCCAAGGUUCACAAUGGAACUGUAACGAAAGCAAUCUGGCCGUUUUCUGCCUCGACUACCUGGAAAACAAAGAAAUUCGUUUUAAAGAAAGCAAACUCUACAGAUACCGAGGUCCAACUUGUGCUUGACGCAUCCGGGAAUGUAAAGUUAGACAACAUAACAACUUCGAACUCUUCCGAAUGUUAUGGUCUUGCUACACCAUGUGCUAAGCGAAAUCUUGAGAAGGGAACAAUUUCUCCUGAGCAGGAAUUGUACAGUCAAGAUCAGGAGGUCAGUUACUCUUGCAACUAUGGUUACACUUUGGCAGGGGGACAGACAGGAACAUGCAAAGCUGACGGUUCAUGGUCCACAACACCAGUGUGCACUCCUAUACAAUGUGCAAAGCAAAAUCUUGAGAAGGGAACAAUUUCUCCUGAGCAUGAAUUAUACAGUCAAGAUCAGGAGGUCAGUUACUCUUGCAACUAUGGUUACACUUUGGAAGGAAAACAGACGGGAACAUGCAAAGCUGACGGUUCAUGGUCCACAACACCAGUGUGCACUCCUAUACAAUGUGCAAAGCAAAAUCUUGAGAAGGGAACAAUUUCUCCUGAGCAUGAAUUAUACAGUCAAGAUCAGGAGGUCAGUUACUCUUGCAACUAUGGUUACACUUUGGAAGGAAAACAGACGGGAACAUGCAAAGCUGACGGUUCAUGGUCCACAACACCAGUGUGCACUCCUAUACAAUGUGCAAAGCGAAAUCUUGAUAAGGGAACAAUUACUCCUGAGCAUGAAUUAUACAGUCAGGGUCAGGAAGUCAGUUACUCUUGCAGCAGUGGUUACAUUUUGGCUGGGGGGCAGACGGGAACAUGCAAAGCUGACGGUUCAUGGUCCACAACACCAGUGUGCACAAAAUGUGGAGUUGUCUAUAAUUCAAGAUGUUUUCGAGCGAUCGUUUAUGACACUUGGAACGUCUCAUUAAGCGUCGCUGAAUCUAUUUGCGAAAAGAAACUCGCUAACAUUUAUGACGUCACACACUACAACCGGGUUGUUGAUUAUUUACGACCAAUGAUUCCUGAUGGAUGGGAUUACAUUAAUGUUCGUACGGGAAUGACUUACAAGGGCGGUCAGCUGUAUUCAACGACGGGCCAAGCUAUGUCUCUACCAACUGAGGUUUGGCAUAAUGGUCGUCCGUAUUCCGAUGCAUCGUACACAACUGUUGUUGUUGAUGUCAAUCGAAACCCGGAUGAUCGAGGGAUUUUUAAUGUUCCUCCUUCCAGCAUAUAUCACGGAGCCAUCUGUGAAAUUGAAUUAUAA